AUGUCGACUGGAGUCGACGAACAAGCCCACAACCCCAACGUCGAUUCAAACUCGGUCGCUCGCCAUCGCUCUUUCUCUCGGAGCAACGGAUCGCUUCCCUCGCAGUCGAUUGACCCCGACCGAUCGUCCGACAAACAACCCGCCAAAAUGGCUCAGACUCAAAGAACGAGAUAUGUGAAGACGGGGGCAAUCAUUGUCUUCGUCUUCAUGGUUCUCAUGUGGCUCUCCCCCUCCAAGCCCGCUGUCUCGAGUUUCAGUCACGAGAAACCCCCAUCUGGCAGUGGUGUCGCAACUUCGCAAAAGUGCACCAAGCCUUUCGAUUCGUCCAAGCCUCUUAUCCAGUAUGCCCUCAUGAUUGAUGCCGGCAGCACCGGCUCCCGCAUCCACGUUUACCGUUUCAACAACUGCGGCUCCACCCCCGAACUUGAGAAUGAAGUGUUCGAGCAAACCAAGCCGAAGGAAGGCGGCUCUGGUCUCAGCUCCUACAAGGAAGAUGCCGAGGGCGCUGCCCAGAGUCUUGACCCUCUCAUGGAAGUUGCCAUCAAGUCGGUUCCCGAGGAGUACCGGUCUUGCUCUCCGCUCGCCGUCAAGGCCACUGCCGGACUCCGUCUUCUGGGCCCCGAGAUGAGUGACAAGAUCCUGGUUGCAGUGCGUAACCGCUUGGAGACUGUCUAUCCCUUCCCCGUGGUUUCCAAGGAGAAGGGCGGCAUCCAGAUCAUGGACGGAUCCGAUGAAGGUGUCUACGCUUGGAUCACCACCAACUACCUCCUGGGUAAGAUCGGUGGUCCUGAUGAGACUCCCACUGCUGCCGUCUUUGACUUGGGUGGUGGAUCCACCCAGAUCGUCUUCCAGCCUACCUUCGAAAAGAGCAAGGCUGGUGGUAUGCCCGAGCACCUCGCCGCCGGUGACCACAAGUAUGACCUGAAGUUCGGCGGACGCGAGUUCGAGCUCUACCAACACUCCCAUCUUGGCUACGGGCUGAUGUCUGCCCGCGAAUCGAUGAACAAUGUGGUCGUGGAUAACAUGCUCGCUCAGCACGCCGAUGAUCUUUCCUGGGUGAAGGAACCCGUUCCCAACCCCUGUAUUGGACCUGGCAUGGAGAAGAAGAUCAAGAUGAAGUUCCCCGCCGGACAUCCCUUGAGCCCCAGUGCCGAGAUCUUGAUGGUCGGUCCCAAGGACAAGUCCAUGGCUCCCCAGUGCCGUGCUAUUGCUGAGAAGAUCCUGAAGAAGACCGGAGAGUGCAAGCUUGCGCCCUGCUCUUUCAACGGAGUCCACCAGCCUUCUCUCGCGAAGACAUUCGCCCGGGAGGACGUCUACAUCUUCUCAUACUUCUAUGACCGCACCGCUCCUCUCGGCAUGCCCGAGAGCUUCACUUUGGAGGAGCUUCACCAGCUGACUUCCACCGUCUGCGCUGGUGAGACCCAAUGGAAGGGUUUCGAGGGUGUUGAGAAUGCCAUGACGGAGCUCCGCGGCCGUCCCGAAUGGUGUGGUGAUCUCAGCUUCAUGGUGGCUCUGCUGCACACCGGUUACGAAAUGCCCUUGUCCCGCGAAGUCAAGAUUGCCAAGAAGAUCAAGAACAAUGAGCUGGGCUGGUGCCUUGGUGCUAGCUUGCCCCUUCUGAGCCAGGAAUCCGGCUGGACUUGCCGCAUCAAGCAAGUGUCAUAA